AGUGUGCAUGUCAAUGCGUGUCUGCGCAUGGCGUGCUGGGGGUGGGCCUCUCCAUCACAACCCCAUCCUCCAUCAGUGCUGCAGCUCACGGGAGUCUUUCUGAGGGGGCGGGGACUGUUCCGAUGCAGAGGGAUGCUCCGCAGCCCCACGCUGGACCAACCAGUCUGGAAAUCCCUGCUCACAUCCACACAGCACGCGCAUAUACACACACACGAACACGCUGACUGGCUCCGACUCCCUCAAACUCCCAGCAUCUGUGCUCCAUCCUUCGUCUCCUCUCCUGUCUGUCCCCGGUCUCCUCUCUUGUCCUCUCUCACUGUGUCCCUUAUCGCCGCUCCGUCAGCCGCAGCUCUGACUCACUCAGAUCUUCUUUUCCCAAUUUGAGCCAGCGAGACCCGGGAACAUGUCCUCCAACCUGACCUCCGGGAACUCAGCCGGGGGCACAGGGGCCAAAAACAAGCCCUUGUCUCCCUUCAGGAAGAGGGGAAGCCUGCAGUACACGGCCAGCACAGUUGAUCUCCGCGGUACCCGCCACCUCCUCACUUCCCAGCAUUCCUUGCCUGGGAUCCCUGUGGCCUUGAAACAAUCCAUUGACCUGCGUACUUCCAUGGAUGGAAAAUACAAGGAGAUUGCCGAAGAGCUGUUCUCACGCAGCCUGGCAGAGAGCGAGAUGCGGAGCGCCCCCUAUGAAUUUCCAGAGGACAGCCCCAUUGAACAGCUGGAGGAGAAACGUCAUCGCCUUGAGCGACAGAUCAGCCAGGAUGUCAAGUUUGAACCUGACAUACUCCUACGAGCCAAGCAAGAGUUCAUGAAGACUGACAGUGCCACAGAUCUUGAAUACAUGAAGGAGCAGAGCCAAAUUCCUGACCUGCAGGAGAGAGAACCGGCCCCUGAGGGGGAGUACCAGCGAGUCACUAUUUCUGGAGAAGAGAAAUGUGGGGUUCCAUUUACAGAUCUGCUGGAUGCUGCCAAAUGUGUAGUGAAGGCUCUGUUCAUCAGGCAAAAGUACAUGGGCCUGUCGCUGCAGAGCUUCUGCAGAACCACUGCUCGUUACCUGCAGGAGCUGAGUGAGAGACCCCUAGACUUAGACACUGGAUCAUUCUGUCUCCUCUUAGAUGCCACAGUGCACCCACCUGUUUCUGAAACACACCCCUACGAGAACGUGGACCCCACCAGCAUGCCCCCUGAUAUGGGUUACGGCUGUAAGAUGGUGGAUGGUGUUAUGCACUUGUACACGACGAGGAACACUAUGGAUAAGACCACAGAGCUGGAUCUGCCGUAUCCAGACCUGCAGGAGUACAUCGCUGAUAUGAACGUCAUGAUGGCUCUCAUUAUAAACGGGCCAGUAAAGUCCUUCUGCUAUAGACGUCUGCAAUACCUCAGCUCCAAAUUCCAAAUGCACAUCCUGCUCAAUGAGAUGAAAGAGCUGGCAGCGCAGAAGAAAGUCCCACAUCGAGACUUUUAUAAUAUCCGUAAGGUUGACACGCACAUUCAUGCUUCCUCUUGCAUGAACCAGAAGCACCUUCUACGUUUUAUCAAAAGAGCCAUGAAGAAGUAUCCCAAAGAGAUUGUACACGUGGAAAGAGGCAGGGGUCAGACACUGAUGGAGGUGUUUGAGAGCAUGAACCUUACAGCCUUUGACCUGAGUGUUGACACACUUUAUCUCCCCUGUGGACUUCUUGAAUUGUUUUUCUUGUUUCUUCAAAGUGACGUCUACCACACGAAGAAGCAGCUGUGCAACUUCCAAGAAAUGCUGGAGAAUAUCUUCACGCCUCUGUUUGAGGUUACGGUCGACCCCAGCAGCCACCCAGAGCUGCACCUCUUCCUUCAGCACGUUGUGGGUUUCGACAGCGUGGAUGAUGAAUCAAAACCAGAGCAACAUAUCUUCAACCUGGACAGUCCGCUCCCAGUCAACUGGACAGAAGAGGACAACCCGCCCUAUUCCUACUACCUCUACUACAUGUAUGCAAACAUGACUGUGCUGAAUCACCUGCGCAGGUACAUAAAUCAGACUUUACUUGAUCUGACUGAGCCAUUGAUGGAAGAGUACAGCAUUGCUGCUCAAGUGUGGAAACUGAGCUCCUGUGACAUGUGUGAGCUUGCCAGAAACAGUGUACUGAUGAGUGGAUUUUCUCAUAAGGCAAAGCGUUACUGGCUGGGCCCAAACUACAUUAAAGAGGGACAGGAAGGCAAUGACAUCAGGCGAACCAACGUUCCUGACAUCCGUGUGGCGUACCGGUACGAGACCAUGUGUGAGGAGUUAAAUUUAAUCACACAGGCCAUUCACACAGAUGAGCUGGAGACCAUCAGAGAGGAGGGAAGUCUUUGUAUGGGAGCUGUGCAGGCGGAGAAGUGA